AGGUAAACAUAACGCUACCAGCUGCUUGAACAAUUUGUACGCGUUCGUGUUGCCGUGGUCAGCCGGAACAAUCGAAUCAAUUGUUGCUGCUGUGCACGUGCCUAUUUCUCGCCGUCGAAACCGACCGCACAUAACACAUCGCCUAACCCCACCCACCGGAAGGCAAUACAAUGGUGAAGCUGUAUGCACUCAGCGUGUUCUACAAAGCCCCUACCGAGGCGCGGCUACUGAAAUCGUCUUACGACUUGCAGAGCUUUUCAUUCUUCCAGCGUGGUUCGGUGCAGGAGUUCAUAAGCUUCGCCAGCAAGACGCUUGUCGAACGAACUCAAGCUGCAACCCGGCAAUCGGUAAAGCAGGACGUCUACAUCUGCCAUGUGUACGUGCGGGCAGAUAAUUUGGCGGGUGUGCUGAUCGCAGACCAUGAAUACCCACAGCGUGUUGGCCACACGCUGCUGACGAAGGUGCUCGACGACUUCUCUGUCAAGGUAAGCGCCGAACUGUGGCCCGUAACAACGAACGAAGCAACCAUCCAGUUCGGUACGCUACCGGCGACACUCAGCAAAUACCAAGAUCCUCGCGAAGCCGACGCACUGACACGCAUGCAGGAGGACCUGGACGAGACGAAGAUCAUUCUGCGCAACACGAUCGAGUCCGUGCUGGACCGGGGUGAGAAGCUGGACGAUCUGGUGUCAAAAUCGGAAUCACUCUCGAUACAGAGUAAGGCAUUCUACAAGACGGCGAAAAAGACCAACUCGUGUUGCAACUUUGCUUAGGCGAUUGCAUCAAACACAUCGAGCGCCCGUCGAGAAAACCCACCUGUGUAGCAGGGCACGUAGCGUUCAGGGUAGCCGAGAUCUGGGGAUGAGAUUUUAAAGGUCGCGUUUUUUUGCCUUUUUUCGUUUUAAGGAGAUUAGGAACACGGCUGAGUGGCGCGAUUUUACCAUGCACGAGAAGCCGGGCUUUUACUUCAAACCAGUAUGAAAUGUAAAGUACCCUGUUCGUCAGGUGCACGGUACUUGCAUGAUAUUGUUCCACUAAAACAGUUCACUUCCUGUUGUCCUUUGACCACAGCAGCCAGGCACUUUGUAUCGAUUUCGAAACGGAUGUGCGAUAUUUUCACGCAAUUGUUUCUACUUAACUAUGAUUCAAAAACUCGUGAACAAGAUAAAGCCUCGUGAAGCUUCUUGCUUGUAUAGUUUAGCUGCAUUUGCAAUGCACGGGUCUAGUGGUGCCUGUCGAUGGAAAAUCUUUCCCGUCGGUGCAGUAUGGCCUAUGUUUAGACGGUUUUUAUCCACGAACGUUCGAACGGGGAAAUAAUCAAUUUUGGCAGUGUGAACCGCAAGCUGUUCUAAACCAAAUGUUAACAAUAAGACACCAGCAACGUGCUGUGAUUACAAUAUCGCACUCGAUUGAGGUCGCAUUUUUCUUUAAAGGUCCAUCGAGCAUGCAUUACGAACUCUCCCAAUAACACGCUGUAUUCGGACCGCGCCAGGAAGGUCCUGCCGACGAUGAAUUAAAUAUGAUCAAACGAAAAAUUCCCACUAUACGCUAUUAAUGUGUGUUGGCGAGGUGUAGAACUGUUAUUAUACCUUAAAUGUAAUCGUAUAACUAUUAACAUUAAAUAAUCGAUAUUGGUGAACGUGAUGUAAGCGUGAAUAAACAAUAUUCUCUCGCAGAAAUGAUUGUUUUAUGGGCUGUUCCACAUAA